CAACACCAUUAUGCUGCAAAAAUCGACCACCAACAUGUGCCAAGGGACGGCAGGUUGACACCAACUUGCCAUCGAUGAAUGGAUGCUUCUCGCCUGACUAUAUAUCUACCGGUCAGAGUCGUGUUCAGGUGUGACAUAGCAAACAGACGCGUGUGGGUUUGGAGACGGAGAGCAAUACGUCAUCGCAGACGAACAAGAUGGCCGUGGUCCAAGAAUCACCUUCAAGCACCUCAGUGACCGACAAUGGCAGAAAAGCAGGCGAUGCCAUCGUACCAAUUCCCAAAUGCGGUGCGCCUCAAAAGGAAGACGAGACCCCUCAUGUAUCAGACAGAUGCGAAGAUGGGAGCCUCAAGAGUUACUUUAGAAUCUUCAGGUACACAGACCACAUCGGUUGGUGGACACAUGCGGCAGCCCUGACUUGCAUGAUAGCGUCUGGUGUUCUUCUUCCCUUGAUGGACCUUGUCUUUGGCAAAUUUGUUACUGUCUUCAACAAUUUUAUAACCAGCAAAGCGACCCCGGCAGAGUUUCGUUCCAGCCUCAACGACUACACACUAUACUUUGUCUAUCUCUUCAUCGCCAAACUUGUCCUCGUAUACAUCUGGACUACCCUUGCCUCCACCAACGCCAUCAGGAUCACACGGUCUCUUCGGAUCGACUUCCUCAAACAAACAAUACGCCAGGAAGUUGCCUUCUUCGACCUGCCCGAGGCCGGAUCCAUCUCCAGCCAUCUUACUACUAACGCCAACCUCGUCAAUCAGGGAAUAUCGGAGAAGCUGGGCCUCGCCAUCCAAGCUAUUGCAACCUUCUUCGCUGCCUUUGUUGUCGCCUUUGCGGUACAAUGGAAGUUGACCCUCAUCACCAUCUGCAUCGUGCCCGUCAUCGUCAUCGUAACCGGCAUCUGCAUGGGCAUCGACGCGAAACAGGAAAACGAGAUUAUGAUCAUUAACUCCCGAGCAGCAAAGCUAGCCGAGGAGGUGUUUGCGAGUGUCAAAACUGCUCAUGCCUUUUGGGCCUUCCCCAAGUUGUCCGGCAAAUAUGCAGCUAUCCUUGACGAGGCCAAAGCGGUCGGUGCUCGGAAGAGUCCAAACUACGCCGUCUUGUUCUCCGUGGAAUUCUUUUGCGUGUACGCUGGAUAUGGCCUCGCUUUCUGGCAGGGUAUCAGGAUGUAUAAGGAGGGAGAGGUGUCUGAGCCGGGACAAAUUGUCACUGUCAUCUUUGCUGUGUUGCUGGCAGCCCAGGCACUCACUCAAAUAGCUCCUCAAUCAGUCGUCAUUUCGAAGGCUGCCGCUGCCGCACAUCAGAUGUUUCAGGUCAUCGACCGCGAGUCAAAGAUCGACUCUUUGUCGGAGGAAGGCAUCAAACCAGCUGAAUGUCGAGGUAAUAUCGAACUCCAGGAUGUCGUGUUUGCUUACCCUUCAAGACCGAAUAUCAAAGUGUUGCAAAACUUCAGCCUUACGAUUCCAGCAAACAGAACGACGGCAAUCGUUGGAUUUAGCGGAUCAGGCAAAAGUUCCGUAUUAGGCCUACUGGAGCGCUGGGGUUGUCCCGAGAGCGGUACUAUCACACUGGAUGGUCGAAAAAUAGAAGAGUACAAUCUUCAGUGGCUUCGAACCAAGGUCCGACUUGUUCAGCAGGAACCGGUCAUGCUCGAAGGCACCGUCUUUCAGAAUGUUGUGAAUGGGUUAGCCGGAACUUCCAUGGCUGAUCUGAGCGACGAAGAGAAGCAGCGGCUCGUUGAAGAUGCGUGCCGCGCGGCGUAUGCUCAUGAAUUCAUAGAGAAACUACCAGAGGGCUAUCAAACACAAAUCGGCCAGAGAGGCUCCAUGUUGUCAGGGGGCCAAAAGCAAAGGCUCGCCAUCGCCAGGAGCGUCAUUGCGAACCCACGAAUUCUCUUGCUCGAUGAAGCUACAAGUGCCCUCGACCCUAACGCUGAGCAGAUUGUUCAGAAGGCACUCAACAACGUUGCUGUCGGGAGAACCAUGAUCGUCAUUGCCCAUAGACUCUCCACCAUUCGAAAUGCGGACAACAUUGUUGUCAUGUCCAACGGUCGUCUUAUCGAGCAGGGUACCCAUGACCAACUCGUUGCCCUGGGGGGCACCUAUUCACACCUUGUUCGAAUACAACAUCUCGGACAAGAACCUGACGAUGAUGACGAACCUCAAAAGGACACCAGAGCUGAAAUUGGAGGAGCUGUGAUAGCUAACACCACGUCAAACGUAGUUGAGGCUGUUCCUGAUGCGAGUGCCAUGGAAGAAGGGGCUGCAAAGAAAGACGACAUCAACCUCUUGAGAUGCUUGUUCAUCCUCAUGCGAGAACAAAGAGUACUUUGGCCUGCCUUUUGCUGGGUGGGUAUUUGCUGUCUCGCGGGAGGGGCUACAUAUCCCGCUCUUGCCAUCAUCUUCUCCCGGAUAAUGGACGCUUUCGCCCUUGAGGGUGACAAAAUGGUCGAACGAGGCAACUUCUUUUCUCUCAUGUUCUUUAUCGUAGCCGUUGGCAACCUGGUUGCCUACGCGGUGCUCGGUUGGUUCUGCAACGUUAUCGCCCAGCAAAUGGUCCGCUUCUAUCGGUACACAAUCUUUGACUGCGUCGUCCGGCAGGACAUGACCUUCUUCGACAUGCCAGGUAACUCUCCAGGCGCUUUGGUGUCUCAUUUAUCCAAGGAACCGGAGAGUCUGCAUGAACUUUUGUCCAUGAACAUGGGCGUCAUCGCAAUCGUGGUGGUCAACUUGCUCUCGAGCUGCAUCCUUGCCGUUGUGAUUGGGUGGAAACUUGGGCUCACCCUCGUCUUUGGCGCUUUACCACCUCUUGUCUUUUCAGGAUACCUGAGAAUUCGCUUGGAGAUCAAGCUGGAUGAUGAUACUUCGGACAGGUUUGCGGAUAGCACUGGCAUUGCUUCUGAGGCUAUUAUGGCCAUUCGAACUAUCUCGUCACUGGCUAUGGAACGGCAGAUUCUUGACAGAUAUGAGAAUAAACUGCGCUCUAUUGCGGCAACGUCGGUCAAGAGUCUUACCUGGACGAUGGUUUGGUACGCUCUGAGCCAAUCGAUCUCCUUCCUGUCGAUGGCAUUGGGUUUUUGGUACGGCGGCCGAUUGGUUUCAUUUGGAGAGUACACCGUCACCCAAUUCUACACAGUGUUCAUCGCCGUCAUUUUUUCCGGUGAAGCAGCAGCCACAUUCUUUACGUACACAACAAGCAUUACCAAGGCGCAGCACGCCGCCAACUUCAUCUUCCGGCUCAGGGACUCGGUUCGUCCCGAAAACAAGGACGACCACCCACCAGAUGCCGAAAAACGUAGCAACGGCGCCGUUUCCAUGGACUGCCAAGCUCUAGAAUUCUCAUAUCCUCUCCGUCCCAGCGCUCGAGUCCUCAAAGGAGUCUCCAUCAGCAUCCCACCGGGCCAGCUCGUCGCCUUGGUAGGGGCGUCCGGCUCGGGCAAAAGCAGCUUAAUCUCUGUCUUUGAGCGAUUCUAUGAUCCCUCCAGCGGCACCAUUUUUUUCGACGGCGAAGACUACCAAAAAAUCCACCUCGGCCGCUACCGCGCCAACAUUGCGCUAGUCCAGCAAGAGCCCGUUCUUUACCAGGGAUCAAUAAGAGAAAACAUUGCGAUGGGCGUUCUUGACGCGACUGUGUCGGACGAGCAAAUCCUCGAGGCCUGUCGCCAGGCCAACAUCGACUCCUUCAUUGCCUCGUUGCCCGAAGGCCUAGCUACUCCCUGCGGAUCCCAGGGCCUGCAGUUCUCUGGCGGGCAGAGGCAAAGGAUCGCUAUUGCGCGCGCGCUGGUUAGGAAGCCGAGAUUGCUGUUGCUGGACGAAGCGACCAGUGCGUUGGAUACGGAGUCGGAGCGGGUGGUGCAGGCUGCUUUGGAUGCUGCUGCAAAGGGCGAAGGCGGAGCAGAUGGAGAUGGAAUCGAGGGAAAUGCAAAGGGGAGAAAGCGGACAACGGUGGCUGUGGCUCAUCGGUUGUCAACUAUAAAGGGCGCGGAUAAGAUCUUUGUGUUUUCGUACGGAAGAAUUGCGGAGGCGGGGACGCAUGAGGAGUUGUUGGAGAUGAGAGGGAUGUAUUAUGAGAUGUGUUUGGGACAGUCUUUGGAUGGAUGAAGAUGCCGUAUGUUUGUCAUGUCAUACAUGUCUCUACAUAUAUAACGAGCGACUUAUGAUAGAGUUUAGUUUCGAGUUCCGUCAGGAUUCUUUUUCUUCGCUCGGCAUCGGCCCACAAUUCCCGGGCAUCUUGUAUGUUUCGGGUCAUCUCCGUCCGUGGACCGAGACAAUGACAGACUUUGCGUAGUGUUU